UUCCUUAUAAUUUUCUCCCGAGGAGGCGAGAGGAAGGCGGAGAGAGGAAAAAGAUGGUCGCAUCCCUCCAUCUCUGCGGACUCCAAUCUUUCUCCCCUCUCCUUGCUCGUCCUUCUCCCAAAUUUUCCCCCUCUUUUUCCUCUUCUUUACCUUCUUCUUCUUUCGCUCUUCUUUGCCGCGCAGCGUCCCUGCGCUCCUUCUCCUCCUCUUCCAGGCGCCGCCCGUCCGCCGCCGCGGCCGCCGCCGCUCCCUUCGUCGUCUCUGCCGCCCUCGGGAAGCUCUCAGAGACCGAGCUCGUCCCUGUCCCCAAGGGGCCCGAGGGCUUGGAUGGCAAGUUCCCCUCCGCCGCGGGCGUCUACGGGGUCUACGAUGGCGACGGCGGCCUCCAGUUCAUCGGGAUCUCUCGGAACGUCGCGGCCAGCGUCGCCGCCCACGCCAAGUCGGUCCCCGACCUCUGCCGCGCCGUAAAGGUGGGGCUAGUAGAUGAAGCUGCACCUGAUCGGACAGUGCUGACCAAUGCCUGGAAAUCAUGGAUGGAAGAGCACAUCGCAGCCACUGGGAAAGUCCCUCCAGGCAAUGAAACUGGAAAUAACACUUGGUUCCGCUUGCCUCAGAAGAAACCAGACUUGCGUUUGACACCUGGUCGCCAUGUUAAGCUCACAGUCCCACUGCAGGAGCUAAUUGAUCGACUGGUUAAGGAGAACAAGGUUGUUGCAUUCAUCAAAGGAUCAAGGAGCGCUCCACAAUGUGGCUUCUCAAAGAGGGUGGUGGGGAUAUUGGAGUCCCAUGGUGUGGAUUUUGAGUGUGUGGAUGUUCUUGAUGAGGAGUACAACUAUGAGUUGAGGGAGACGCUGAAAAAGUACAGCAACUGGCCAACUUUUCCUCAAGUUUUUGUUGGAGGGGAGCUUGUGGGAGGAUGUGAUAUUAUUUACUCCAUGGCAGAGAAAGGGGAGCUUGCUGCACUGUUCCAGAAGUAGUAUUCCCUGUGGUUGAGAGUACCUUGAAUUGCAAGUAUCAUUUGAAGGACACAAAGGUAUGAUCCUCUAAGACCAUUUUAUUGUAUUGAACAUUUUUCCAAGAGUAAUGCUAGAGGAUCUCAAAAAUAAAUACUAGCUUAUUAAUCAAGAACAGAGAUAACAGUAGAGCAGCCAAAAGAUCAAGAACAAUAUUUGUUUCUCAAAAGAAAAAAAAAGUAUAUCUGUAUAAGUUAUGUUAGUAUUGGAUUACUUUCAAUUGGGAAAUAAGGAAAAAGAACCUCCUUCAUCUAAUGCUUUGAAGUUUCUGGAUGGAAUUCAGAAGGGUAAGCAGCCCAGAGGUGAGCACUAGGUAUGAAUAUUGAACUCAUCUUCCACAGUGGUGACCUGGCUUGAACUAGGGCUCUUUGUGUCUUUCUGCACUCAGGCUUCCUUGUAGAUCCGCAUUAUGUAUCCUGAGCUAAUUUAACUCAGCAUCAUUCAGUGGGAUUAUGAGUUAGCAUGACAGGAUUCACAUGACACCCAUGUUACAAGCACUGGCUAUCUUGUAUGCCAUUUUGGAUGGUAUAAUGCACUCGAUUAGUAUCUUGUUGUUCAA